ACACCCCCAAUAAAAUCUCUUCCUCUUUUCCCACUCCAACCCAUUCCUCCCUCACUCUCUAUUCACUCUCUUUUUUGGUCUCCGAUGAAGAAGCUCUACCGCAAAAGAGGAACCGUCCACCCGUCUCCCCUUAUCAUCUCCGAUCACCUCUCCUUUCUCCCCACCGUCAUUCUCACCCUCGCCGCCGCCCUCUCUCUCCACGACCGUGAGGUUUUAGCCUACCUUAUCUCCUCCUGCUCCAAUGACUUCACCGCCGUCAUCAAUUCCUCCAGCCACCGCGGCAAGGCAACUCACCAGAAACACGCCGCUGCCAUGGGUGGUUUGGACCAUCCCCCGGCGUUCUCCUGCUACUGUUUCCAAUGCUACACAAGCUACUGGGUCAGAUGGGAUUCCUCACCGAAUCGGCAGCUGAUUCACGAAAUCAUCGACGCUUAUGAAGAGAAAUUGGCCGAGAGCAAAGUUGGGAAGAACAAUAAGAAAGAGAGGAAGAAGAGAAAUAAUAGGGGACCGGUUUCCGGUCCGGGUGAGGGGAAAGGGUCUGAAGCGGCGACGAAGGAAGAAGAGUGGAGGGUGACGGAGAGGGAGGUGGCAGAAGGCGGCGAGGAGGGAGCGGAGAAAGGGCCAGUGAGAAGGAUUGUGAGUUUGCUAGGGGAAAAAAUUUGGGGAAGUUGGAAUUAAGUGAUUGGAUUUUGCAUUGAUGAAUGAAUUUGGAGAUUUUUCGUUUUUAUGUUUGUGAAUUAAUUAGUUUGCAGUAAUUAGGAAGGAAUUGAAGAAGAAGCAAAGGGGUGUUCUUAUAAACAUAAUUAAGAUAUCAUCUUCUUCUUUUUCUUUGUUUUGAUUCUGGUUAAUGUUGUUGUUAGUAAGUUAUAUAUAGAAUCUCAUGUUUUUCAUGUACAAAUUUAUCAAUAUAUAUAUAUAAAGAACUUAGAAUUUUUAUUUAGUA